UCCUACGUGUGAACUAACGUUUGGUCUCCAUGCUGCUUCUGUAUGGCUCGACGUCGGUUUAAGAUCAAUUGAUUGUCAUCCACGGCUGAGAACUGAAAGAUGGCUACUCCCAUCAAUACGAUCCCACAGAUCAGAGAUGCCCUUCAAGCGACAUUCCGCAGCGGAUUGACCCGUCCCAUUGCGUGGCGUCAGCACCAGUUAUACCAGCUUGCGCGACUGGCGCAGAAUGAACGGGAGCUCAUUUGUGAUGCCCUGCAGAAGGACCUCGGAAAACCAAAAACAGAGGUUCUCAUGGCCGAAGUAGGCUGCAUCAUCGAAACAGCUAUGAAGAGCGCAGAGCAGCUACCAGAGUGGGCUAAGACUGAAUAUCCUGAAGUGGCUGAUUGGCAGAAGCCAUGGAAGCCAACGGUCUACAAGGCUCCGAGGGGAACUGUAUUGAUAUUCUCGCCAUGGAACUACCCUAUGCUCCUCAUUUUCCAACCUCUCAUCGGUGCAAUCGCAGCAGGCUGCACCGCCGUACUAAAGCCCUCUGAGCUCGCCCCCGCCUUCUCACAGCUCUUGGAUGAAAUUAUGCCAAAGUACUUCGACCCAAAUGUGUACCGUGUCGUCAAUGGUGCUGUGCCUGAAACUACAAAGCUUCUGGAGCUUCAAUGGGACUACAUUUUGUAUACGGGGAAUGACAAGGUCGCUAGGAUCGUCGCCAGGGCUGCGGCUAAGCACCUGACGCCACUGACAUUGGAUUUGGGUGGAAAGAGUCCUGUGAUUAUCGACUCGGCAUAUGACAUCGAUCUUGCCGCAAAGAGGAUCUUAUGGGGCAAGUGCAAGAAUGCGGGACAGACCUGCGUGGCAGCUGACUAUGUCCUAGUGCAGCGGGACAAGCAAGAUGAGCUGAUCAAGGCAUUCCAAAAACAUUAUGAUUCAUUCUUCCCGAACGGUGCGCUAGAUUCGCCAUUGUUUGGAAGUAUCGUAUCGGAUUUGCACCAUAAACGCCUUACUUCACUUCUGUCCCGCACGAAGGGCGAAGUCGUUCUCAAGGGUCGCUCUGACGCUGCGAGGAGGAGACUCGAGCCCACCAUUGUGAAGAAUGUUGCGGAAGGCGAUUCCUUGCUAGAAGAAGAACUCUUUGGUCCGGUAUUACCUAUCGUACCCGUGGAUUCUCUCAAACAGGCAGUCGACUUUGUUAAUGCACGACCUCGUCCAGUAGUUUUGUACGUUUUUAGUGACAACGAGAGCGUAAAGCAACAGGUUGUCUCGGAAACGCAGAGCGGCGGUAUUGUUUUCAAUGAUACCUACCAACAACUCUCAGUGCAUGAACUACCAUUUGGGGGAGUGGGGGAGUCAGGCUAUGGAUACCAGGUUAUGAAAUAUACGUAUGAUACGUUCACGCAGCUUCGUAGCUCUAUUGAUAUGCCGAGAGAGGCUGAGCCACACCUGGCGAUUCGGUAUCCGCCUCAUUCGGAAGAGGCAGUGCAAGCGCUCACUGCUGUGGUACAUACCCCCAUUCCAUCAAGCCGCCUGUGAGAAGAUAUCAACGGCCAUCAUGCACUAUCUGUGAUUCAAAUAUCGUUGCAUAUGUAAGGUGUUAGGAUCCGAACCAUGGAUUGCCGUCCUAGGUUGUACAUAUUGUUAUCAUAAUACCUGCACAGGACAUUUGUAAUGUUGGUGAUGGGCCAUCAGCCUGUGAAGAAGAAACCUUGAUAACUGUGGGCAUGGUCUUGCAUCGAUUCAGAAGGUUCCGUUGAUACAUUUGCGAUGACAUGCGUCUUGUUCAUGAAACUGGGUAUCCCCGGCCACUUCUAGCCUUGCUAUGCUAGCUGGGCGGCCGCAAGAACC